AUUUGGUAACUUCCUUGUGAAAUUGUAGCUGUAACCUGCUGUCUCAAGCCAAACGAAACACAGCAUUGUGCCACGGCGUAAUCGCAUAGAACGGUGGUGUGAGAGUCAGCCUCCAGCCGCAACGUAUCACAAGCUAUCCACAUUAUGCUUCAUUCUCCUUCUCCAGUGCGCAACGCUUUCCACAUUGAUUGUUAGAAGUUGCCAGUAUCUGAUUUCAGUUGCCCAUUGAUAGACUCUGGUGCACCACCUGCUGCUCUUGAUCAUUUUAGAGUUGCAAACCUUUGUUCCAGCUUGUGACCAGGCAUGGGGCUGGUAUGAUGGAUGUCCAGAAGCUGGGACCCUGGCUCUUCGUGGAUACCACCAGUGAGAGACACAUCAGCAUAGUUGCUGAAACAUGAAAGUGCUGGAUGCGAGUGCAGGUCUGCUGACCAAUUUUGAAGUUCUGGAGGUGCUCAAGGAGAGGGGGACAAGAACAGAAGCGGACGAAUCGGGGGUGCCUGGACCAGCCACGCCUUCGGAACAAAAGGUCCAUGACUACCUGGUCCACAGCCCCGCAGGCACGCAGACGCGCAAGAGCAUUCAGACAUUCACGGAGGCCAUCAAGGAGCUGGAGCUGCUGAAAGCGGAGAAGCUGCAGAUGGUCAACCUGCGGCCCAGCAUCCCUGUCGAGGUGCACCUGGUCGUAGAGGACUGCGAUGAGCGGCUCACCACCGACGCAGUUGAGGCGCUCAUUGCCACAGUCGACGAGACGCUGCCGCCCGCUCCAGAAGCUGCCGGACCGACAGAGGACGAAGCAACCUGAAAGUAAUUGCCAGGGUCUUACGAACCCAUUUAGUGGCAGACUAAGCUUGGAGGACGCCCGACCCAGUGCAAUCAUUGCCACACACAGAUCAAUGUGCGUGCCGUUGCAUAGCAAGGCUGUUGCAACCGAUAAACGCAAUCCUAUCAAUGCCUUACGAACCGUCAUGACAUGCAUACUUAUCUGGCGGGACGGCCAGGUACAGCGACAAAAUUUGCAUGCGCACGUAAACCGAGUGCAAAGAAUGCCUGCGGUGGCCUG